CGCUCGUCUUCAAUAUCAAACCCCUAUGUGUGUUUUGCUUCCUCUUCUUCGUACCUCCCCUUAUGUGUAGGAGGGCUACAGAAAGGAGCGAUUUAACACUAUCAAAUCUCAUUUACUCUCACCUCUCACUGGAUGCAUGCCCCCUGAAAAUCUCUAGACUUUGGGUGUUGGAUUAAACAUUUGUGAUUCAAAGUUCACUCAUCUCUUCUGCUACUACUACUACUGAUUCUAUUCUCUUCUUAGGGUUUCUUGAUUCGAAGUUUUCUCGAUUUCUACUCAAUUAGAUUUAGUUAGUUGUUACUUGAAUUUUAGAAGAAGAUGGAUCGUGUUAGCAAUCUUCCAGACGAGGUCCUUUGUCACAUCUUGUCUUUCCUUACCACAAAGGAGGCUGCUCUGACAUCGAUUCUCGCCAAGAGAUGGCGCAACCUUCUCGCAUUCGUCCCUUACCUCACCAUCGACGACUCUUCCUUCCUUCAUCCGGAAGAGGAUAAACGCUACAGACCAGAAAUCAUACGGAGCUUCAUGGACUUUGUUGACAGAGUUUUGGCCUCGCAAGGUAACUCCCCGCUAAAGAAGUUCUCUCUCAAGUGUUUCACCCUGGUAGAUACAGCUCGUCUAGAUGGUUGGAUUAGCAAUGUGUUAUCUCGCGGCGUUUCGGAUCUUGAUCUAGCUAUCGUUUUGAACCGUGGUGACGACGAAGAUGAUGAUGAUGAUGAUGAUGAUUACUACCAGCUCUCUCCCAAAUGCUUCGAGUGUAGCACGCUGGUUAGUCUGAGAAUAGACUGUGGGAUUUAUAUCUCCUUGGUUGCUAAUCGCAUUUCUUUACCGUUGCUUAAGACUCUGGUUCUUGACUCGGUUCAUGUUUGUCCUAACGAGUUUAACACUCUGCUUCACGCUCUGCCUUCCCUUGAGGAGUUGCUUCUGGUUGAUGUUAUAUGGAAAGAUAUGGGGGAUGUCACAGUGUCGAGCGCAACCGUCACGUCCCUGACGAUAAAGUUGAACGAUAUUGUAAGCAGUUUAUCGUUUGAUACACCGAGCCUCCUUCACUUUUACUACUCUGAUUCUGUUGCGUCUGACUAUCCUGUGGUUAAUAUGGAGAACUUAGUUGAUGCUAGAAUCGUCCUCUGCUUAAGUGAAGACCAACUCAAGCACCUUAGAGAGCCAGAACCUGUUUGGUUUGACGAGCAAGAGGCUCUCGCAUUUACUAAUGUGUGGAAACUCUUUCAUGGCAUACGGAAUGUUCCGGAUCUUAGCUUGCUUCCUGAUACUCUUGAGGCUCUUUCUAUGUGCUCUGAAUCGAUCCCAGUGUUCAACAACCUCAAAUCAUUAGCUAUUAAGAGUAACAAGGAUCGAGGAUGGCAAGCAAUGCCAGCUCUUCUAAGGAACUCUCCACAUUUAGAAACUCUACUCAUUCAGGAUCUGGUGCACCAUGUGACAGACGAGUGUGGGGAUGCUUGUGACUGCAUAUCUCGGGACGGAAAAGGACUUUCACUCACAGUUUGUCCAGUGAAAGAGCUGGAGAUUCAAGGGUUUCGAGGAACGAUGAAAGAGAUGGCGAUGAUAAAGCAUUUCUUGGACUAUUUUCCGUGUUUGAAGGAGAUGGAGAUCUAUGUUGAAGAGAAUGAUCCUACACAGCUAGGAAACCGUGAGAUUUCGAAACUUGUCCAGGAGAUGUUCGAACUCUACAACAAGUUGUCGAGUUGCAAUGUUCAGCUUCUGGUGAACGAUUAUUUGGAGCAGAAGUGGCUGAAGAACAAAGCCAUCUCCUAGUUUUUUUUUUUUUGUGCCAAAACUCUCUUUUGGAAUUUGCAUGCAGUUUGGCUUUUUGUGUUUUAACUGUCUUGAAAACCGUCUCAGACUGAACCAGUAUCAUCAACCUCUUCUAUCUAUGGAUGGACUUGUUUUCAUUUGA